AGUGUCAACAAUAACAAUUAUUUCAUUGUACACGGAUACAUAUUGGAAACUAAAUUCAUUUUAUUUUAACUGAACAAAAUGAGUCAUUCUAUGAGCAGUUCUAGGAAUAUUCAAUUAGUAUUUGAAACGUAUCAAAAGGCUCGACUUGUGUUCGUGCAAACUAUGGCCGAGUUAGCAACAAGAGCUACCAAUGUUAAAUGUCUGGAAAGUGCUGGAGUGUUGGAACUAUUACGCCCUCUACUGUCGGACACCUGCAGCACAGUACGCCAGUGCGCGGUGGUAGCAGCUGCAAGGCUGUGUGAACACGACGAAGGCGUCGCAAGGCAGCUGUUAAAUGGGGGCAUGGUCACAAUAACUCUAGAAAACCUUAACAAAUACAACAUCUACUAUAAAAGAUCUGCAUUGUACUUGAUGAGAGCUGUGGCAAAACAUAAUGAAGAAUUAGCGGGAGCUAUAGUUCGGCUGGGUGCACUAGAACAUAUCGUGUCGUGCCUUGAAGAUUUUGACACUCAGGUCAAAGAGAACGCAGCGUGGGCGUUGGGAUAUAUUGGAAAGCAUAGCGAAUCAUUGGCGGGCUUAGUCGUAGAUGCAGGAACACUACCGUUACUUGUACUGGCUUUUCAAGAACCUGAAAUGAGUUUGAAACAGAUUUCUGCUGGAGCUCUGGUGGACCUUGCUCAACAUAAACCGGAGGCUGUAGUCGACGCAGGCGCUAUAUGUCAUUUAGUGCGCGGAUUGGAAAAUCAAGAUCCGAAACUAAAGCGCAGUACGUUGUGUGCCUUGGGCGCUGUAGCUGGUGCGCGGUCGGAGCUCGCGGAAGCCGUAGUAGCUGGUGGGGCUCUGCCACCGGCACUGCUUCAUGCCGGCCAUGAUUCUGCACCUGUGCGACGCGCCGCCGCAUGUCUGCUUAGAGACAUUGUGAAACAUUCUGUCGAUUUGGCGCAGCUUGUUGUGAACACGGGUGGCUGCGGGCCUCUAGUGGAGCUGUUAUCAGAGCCAGCAGGAGGCGCCCGUGUCCCUUCGUGCAUGGCAUUGGGUUUUAUUGCCGGCCAGUCCGAUCAGCUGGCGAUGGCUGUUAUAGAGGCUAAGGCGAUUCCAGCUUUAGUGGAGAUAUUGCAAAAUAUGGAAGCAGAGGAUGCAGAAUUGUGUGCUGCAGCAUGGACAAUUGGCCACAUAUCAAAGCACUCUCCGCAACACAGUCUAGCCAUAGCUGUUGCUAACACUCUACCCAGACUGUUGCAGUUAUAUACAAAUCCAAAAUCCUCAGGAGAGGUUCGUGCCCGGACAUCUUGUGCACUAAAGCAAUCUCUACAGUGCUGUCUACAUCGUCCUGCACUAGAGCCUCUAUUGCAUGCAGCUCCAGCUUGCAUACUUAAAUAUGUACUGGCACAAUAUGCUAAGAUACUUCCUAAUGACGCAAGAGCUAGAAGAUUAUUUGUAACUACUGGUGCUUUAAAAAGAGUACAAGAGAUAGAUACUGUUCCAGGGACAGCGCUCAAAGAAUAUAUCAACAUAAUAAAUAGUUGUUUUCCUGAAGAAAUAGUAAGUUUUUUUAGGUACUAUACGCCUGGCUACUCGGAUACCUUGCUUGAUAGGGUCGAAGCUUAUACACCACAGAUACCUGAGUUAUUUACUGAUAGAUUGCCGAGUGACUGCCAAAGUGAAUUGACGAUAGAAAAUGGAAAUUAAUGUUGUUACAUAUUUUAUGUUAAAUGUAUAUUUUAAUAAACAAUUUUCAUUGAGCUAGUUA